AUGGAGGACCAAGGAGUAUGGGAGGCAGUCGAGUCAGUAGAAGGCACGGAGAUUGAUGUCCGACUUGAUAAGAAGGCGAGGUCACAUCUUCUACAAGAACUUCCGGAGGAUCUUCUAAUGCAGGUGGCAAAUAAGAAGACGGCGAAGGAAGUGUGGAAUUGUCUCAAGACGAGGUUCGUCGGCGCAGACCGAGUGAAGAAUGCACGAUUGCAGACAUUGAAGAGUGAGUUUGAUAGGAUGCAUAUGAACGACAAAAGGUUUAUCAGUGUGGUAGCCGGCAUCGAGCAGUUUUACAACCUCGAGACGUUAACAUUUGAGGAAGCUAUUGGAAGGCUGAAGGUCUUCGAGGAGCAUAGUGGGACCCGUGGUCAAGGAGGUAGAACCCGAGGUAGAGACCAAGGGAGAGGAGGCCGAGGAGCACCAUCUCGGAAAGACAAAGAAGGUGGUUCAGGUGGUCGAGGAGCUCCUAGAGACAAGAGUCACAUUCGUUGUUUUAAUUGCAACGAGAUGAGACAUUACUCAACACAAUGUCGAGCAAAGAAGAACGAGGUAUCACACCUUACCUACGCAGACAACGUCGAACCAGCAUUACUUAUGGCAAUCUCGGAGGAGAUUCCUCCAAUCAAUGUUGUCAUGCUGAAUGAAAUGAAGCUGACUCCAGAAAUUAUAGAAGCUAAGAACGAUGAGACAUCAAGAGAUGCUUGGUUCUUGGAAAAUGGCGCUAGCAAUCACAUGACUGGCGAUAAAGAGAAGUUCUUCGAACUAGACGAGGCAGUCACUGGAAAGGUGAAGUUCGGAGAUGGUUCCACGGUACAAAUUUGUGGUAAAGGUUCUAUCAUGUUCGAAUGUAAAAAUGGCGACCAGUGGCUUCUCGAGGGAGUUUUUUUCAUCCCUUCUUUAAAAAGUAAUCUAGUGAGUCUCGGGCAACUUACCGAGACAGGUCAUAGGGUGGUGAUGGAUGGAGAAGAGAUUGAAGUCUUCCCUAAGAACCCUUCAUGCCUUAUCAUGAAAGUGAGACGAACGCAUAAUCGACUAAUCAAAUUUGCUUGA